GCUAACUGAGAUUGGAGACCAGAGAGCCUCACUGUGCCCAACUCCCUCCCUCAGCUCCCACCUCCUCCCACUUCUCGCUUCCUCUCCCUCCGCCGCCUCCCCCCACCCCCUUGCCUGUGUGUGUUCGGCACUGAAGAGGGGACCCGGAGAGCAGUCCAGGCUCGGCGCGCGGCGGAGCUGCGGCUGCUCCUGCUGCUGGGGGCAGCGGCGAGGUGGCCGCCUUGCGCCUCCCCGGACUUCCCAAGUGGGGGCAGAGCAGCCGCUCGCGGAGCCGCCAGUUAGAAGGCACAGGGAAAGAGGGACCGCCAAACUCCUCCUCAGCGUCUCCUCUCCACCCCCUUUUGGCUCCUGCCCUUGGAGAAAGUGGAGUGUGGCUCUUGGUUAUCAUUAUUUCUUCGGACUGCUUCGCGGUGCGCGGAUUCUCCUGCUUCCCAGUGGGGUUUUCCGCUGUUGGCGCGUCUCUCCGUGUGGUUCCGCCCGGCACACCUCUGUCGACGAUGAGGAAAGGUCUCCCGGCGACAGCGGCCCGCUGCGGACUGGGACUGGGAUACGUGCUGCAAAUGCUCGUGCUACCUGCCCUGGCCCUGCUCAGUGCCAGCGGUACCGGCUCGGCCGCUCAAGAUGAUGACUUUUUUCAUGAACUCCCAGAAACCUUUCCAUCCGAUCCACCUGAGCCUCUACCACAUUUUCUUAUUGAGCCCGAAGAAGCUUAUAUUGUGAAGAAUAAGCCUGUGAACCUGUAUUGUAAAGCCAGCCCCGCCACCCAGAUCUACUUCAAGUGCAAUAGUGAAUGGGUUCAUCAGAAGGACCACAUAGUAGAUGAGAGAGUAGACGAAACCUCUGGUCUCAUUGUCCGGGAAGUGAGCAUUGAAAUUUCCCGCCAGCAAGUGGAAGAACUCUUUGGGCCGGAAGAUUACUGGUGCCAGUGUGUGGCCUGGAGCUCGGCGGGCACCACAAAGAGCAGGAAGGCCUAUGUGCGCAUCGCAUAUCUACGGAAGACAUUUGAGCAGGAACCCCUGGGAAAGGAGGUAUCCUUGGAACAGGAAGUCUUGCUCCAGUGUCGACCACCUGAAGGGAUCCCAGUGGCUGAGGUGGAGUGGUUGAAAAAUGAAGACAUAAUUGACCCCGUUGAAGAUCGGAAUUUUUAUAUUACUAUUGAUCACAACCUCAUCAUAAAGCAGGCCCGCCUCUCAGAUACUGCAAACUAUACUUGUGUUGCCAAAAACAUUGUUGCCAAAAGGAAAAGCACGACUGCAACUGUCAUAGUCUACGUAAAUGGUGGCUGGUCCACCUGGACAGAGUGGUCUGUGUGUAAUAGCCGCUGUGGACGAGGGUAUCAGAAACGCACAAGGACCUGCACCAACCCAGCACCACUCAAUGGUGGUGCCUUCUGUGAAGGGCAGAGUGUGCAGAAAAUAGCCUGUACCACCUUAUGCCCAGUGGAUGGCAGGUGGACUUCAUGGAGCAAGUGGUCUACUUGUGGGACCGAGUGCACACACUGGCGCAGGAGGGAGUGCACGGCACCAGCCCCCAAGAACGGAGGCAAGGACUGUGAUGGCCUCGUCUUGCAAUCCAAGAACUGCACUGAUGGGCUGUGCAUGCAGACUGCUCCUGAUUCAGAUGAUGUCGCUCUGUAUGUUGGCAUUGUGAUAGCUGUGAUAGUUUGCCUGGCCAUUUCUGUAGUUGUGGCCCUAUUUGUGUAUCGCAAGAAUCAUCGUGACUUUGAGUCUGAUAUUAUUGACUCUUCGGCACUCAAUGGAGGCUUUCAGCCUGUGAACAUCAAGGCAGCGAGACAAGAUCUCCUGGUGGUACCCCCAGACCUCACAUCAGCUGCCGCCAUGUACAGAGGACCUGUCUAUGCCUUGCAUGAUGUCUCAGACAAAAUCCCAAUGACCAACUCUCCAAUUCUGGAUCCACUGCCCAACCUGAAAAUCAAAGUGUACAACACUUCCGGUGCUGUCACCCCUCAAGAUGACCUGUCUGAGUUUGCAUCAAAGCUGUCUCCUCAGAUGACCCAAUCUUUGUUGGAGAACGAGGCGCUCAACGUGAAGAAUCAGAGUCUAGCAAGGCAGACGGAUCCAUCCUGUACUGCAUUUGGCACCUUCAACUCUCUCGGGGGUCACCUGAUUGUUCCCAAUUCAGGAGUAAGCUUGCUGAUUCCCGCUGGGGCCAUUCCCCAAGGGAGAGUCUACGAAAUGUAUGUGACUGUACACAGGAAAGAAAAUAUGAGGCCACCCAUGGAAGACACUCAGACACUCUUGACCCCUGUGGUGAGCUGUGGGCCUCCGGGAGCCCUGCUGACCCGCCCCGUCAUCCUCACUAUGCAUCACUGUGCAGAUCCCAAUACUGAGGACUGGAAGAUACAGCUCAAGAACCAGGCAGCACAGGGGCAGUGGGAGGUGAGCUUCUGUUGGGAUAAAGAUGGAACACAAGAGCAAUUCAUGUGGCAAAGUGAGGCGGUGGUGACCCGAGCAGGUGGGAGAGGUGGCCGACACUUGGAUGUGCCCCACUGGGCUCUGCAGCCAGAGGCCCGAAGGCCAGAGGAGCAGUCAGCACGUGGGAACAGAGAGCAGCUUGGCCGAAAAGCUGGCAGGGCACAGCAGAGAAGGACAGCCGCUCUCUGUGGCCUCUGCCUGGGAAGCACGCAGGCCCACAGCUGUGGGGGCGACCGUGGAGAAAGCCUCAGUAGCAAAAAGAGGAAUUUCUCAUCCCCGAUGACAAGGCUGCUUGUUUCUACUGUGGAAUCUCAUGUCCCUGCCUUUCGAGCGAUCCCUCACGGGCCCCCUGAAUCAAUAGAGCCCUCACUCAGGGCCACUGAAGAGCCUGCGCUGGGCAACCACGGAGCUGAGGAAGCAGCCAUCCUGCAGGACUGCUCAGAUCCCGUCAAACAUGCUGAGUGUGAUAUCAGUUGCUACGUUUCAGGGAACAUUAAAUUUAAGACACCGAACAUGAUCAACAUAAGCUCAUUAUGCCUUGCUGCCGAAGCAGAAGAAACUGCAAUUAACCCUCACUUUUCUCAUUCGUCUUCAUUUCCACAUGGCCAGAUUCUUGUGGAGGAAUGGAGGGUGAAGUGUUCCACGAGGAACGUGUGUGCAGUGCUGGGUUGGGAGGUAUUGCAGCUUGAGAGACAGAUGGGAGGACAGCUCCUAGAAGAACCUAAGGCUCUUCAUUUUAAAGGCAGCACCCACAACCUGCGCCUGUCAAUUCACGAUAUCACCCAUUCCCUCUGGAAAAGCAAAUUGCUGGCAAAAUAUCAGGAAAUUCCUUUUUAUCAUAUAUGGAGUGGGUCUCAAAGAAACCUCCACUGCACUUUCACCUUGGAAAGAUUCAGCCUGAACACAGUGGAACUGGUUUGCAAACUCUGCGUGCGACAGGUGGAAGGAGAAGGGCAGAUCUUCCAGCUAAACUGCACCGUGUCAGAGGAGCCUACUGGCAUCGAUCUGCCUCUGCUGGACCCAGCGAGCACCAUCACCACCGUGACGGGACCCAGUGCUUUCAGCAUCCCUCCACCUAUCAGACAGAAGCUCUGUAGCAGCCUGGACGCCCCGCAGACGAGAGGUCAUGACUGGCGGAUGCUGGCCCAUAAGCUGAACCUGGACAGGUACUUGAAUUACUUUGCUACCAAAUCGAGCCCGACUGGCGUAAUCCUGGAUCUCUGGGAAGCACAGAACUUCCCAGAUGGAAAUUUGAGCAUGCUGGCGGCUGUCCUGGAAGAAAUGGGAAGGCAUGAGACAGUGGUGUCUUUAGCAGCGGAAGGGCAGUACUGACUCGUGCUGGGACUGGAAAUGAAGGACGGCAAUGCACAGGGAGUCUGUGGCCGUCCAGGGCAUCACAGUUGAGAAGGAAAUCCAGAAUGGACCCAGACCGAUGAGUUUCAAAGGCAAGACUGCAAGCAGGAGAGAGAAGGAAAACAUAACACAACUGCUGAUACACGUGCCCACUUUACUCGGACAUCAUCACAGGAGUUAAGAACAAUUGUGUAAAUUUGUACCUUGAAUUUAGAAAUUGACCUAAUUUUCCUCUUAGUUGGGCUGUAUGCUGUGUGGUACAGGAUCUUACAGUUUCCUAGGAAACGCUUUUUAUUGCUAUCCAGGUAUAUGGAUAAACUUUCUUAACAAACCCAAUUUCUACAAACGUUGUUUACAUCAAAUUGGACAGGGAUGCGGACACUGUCCAUGGCUCGUUCUAUUUUUGUUUAAAUCAUUUGAAGUUGAAGCUGUGGACGGUUUGUUGUGUCUAUUUCAGAUUAGUAAUUUACAGAGAAAUCGCAGACUUUUGCUACAAACUGUGUGCAUCAAGUGUCUCAGAUAAUCCUUCCAUUGGUGUUCCGUUUCUAGAACUUGUAGAACCAGUGUUACUGUUUGUAUCAGGGAGGUGGAGAAUCUAAGUGUAAAGGAGAAAUAACUAAGACUCUUUAUUCCUUGAGGGCACCCAUCUGGUGCCCUCUGGGAACAAAGCUGUAGCAGUGCAGGGAAGACAGUGAUUCAUGUUCAGCCACACAAACAAGCAUUUCUUCACCACGUGUGUUUGUAAUACGCAAUUUGAGGUGUCUUUUUAAAGGUAUCAUUAUUAUUAUCAUUAUUAUUAUUAAUGAGUAUUUACAGGUAUUCUAGUAAAAGGAUUUUCUUUUAGCUUCUGUUUUUGUUAGCAGUACUGUUAGUAUUUAGAUAUUGACUAGACCUGCUUCACUCUUCUGACAUAAGGUGGGCGUGGUCACCAGUUUAAUUAAAAGGCUUUGCUUCCUUGACCUUUUAUCUUUCUUGCAUCCUUCUGCACCAGAAAGAUAGUCGGUGCUCACUGGCUUUGUCAGUCUCUUCUUUCAGCUUGCUCAGGCAAGGUCUUUCUCCUCCGAGUCUUGUUGGGAGAAGCGUUCUCUAUUAAAGUUCACUGAAUAUUGUAGUUAUGUGAUUACACACUGACUCCCCCAGGGUCCUCUGUCUACUUUAGAGGCAGUGUGCAUAGAGGAACAGCCUCCGAACUGGCAAUCGGAAAACCAGUUCACAUUCUGGCUUUGUCAUUGUCUAGCUGUGCUACCUUGGGAAAGUCAUUGAACCUCCCUGGACCUCAGUUUCCUCACGUGUCCAAUGAAAGGGUGGAAGUAUUAGAUAUUCUCAAGGUUCUAAAAUGCUAGACUUCUCCUGUGAUGUCUCCAGUCUCAUUCAUCAGUCUGAGGCCCACACUGGAUGCUGACCUGGAUCAAUAAAGAGCCAGCUAGUCUCUUGCCCAGGCUACAGUAUGCCUUCCAAAUAGUUCCAGCUUUGAAGAGGAUGAUCCUUACCUGUAACCUAUUUGUCAUGCUUCCCAGCCUUGUCUUUGUGCUGCUCACCAAGAGGUGGCAUCCCUUUAUUAUCAUUUUCUUUCCUCUUUGGGGACCACUUGCCUUCCUGACUAGUUGCAAGUUAUGUUCUAUUAUUGUCUUAAUCAAACAUUUUUAAAAUUAAAAAAAAAAAAAAAUUAACCAAAAAGUAGUCAAACGACUGCUUUGUGUAAACUAUGGUAUUUCCUGAGAAUUAUCACGGGCCCUUGGUUUUAACCCAGGGACUCCAUUCAUUCAACAGGUGGGAAAUAAAGGGUCAAUAGCCCAGAAGCCAAGCCACGACUGAACAACAAGCGUAUGAAUCAGAACCUUCAAAACAUGGCCGUGGUUCACUUUUGGGCUAGAGGUAUAGAGGUUACUGACUGGCAUUGAACUAGAAAUCAUUUUAGAUAUUUUCCUCCUUCUUUACCCAUAUAUUUCCUCUUCUAUUUUGGUGACUUCUUAGUAUGCCCAAGAUUCCUCAAGGCAUCCUCAUCAUUGAGGAACUACUGAUACCUUGUUAUGGAGCCUCUUCUCUCACCGUUUUUGUUUCUUAUCUUCUGUUUGGGGCAUAUUUUCCAUAACCUGUCUCUCUCAGGCCACCCCUGCACCAUAGAUAAAAACAUGUUACACUUAUCGUGAAAGGAAGGGAUUGCAGUAAUAAGUUCAGUGGAUAAUGUUUGUACCAAUGCGUAUUUGACCAAAAGAUAGUAACACUGUAUGCUACGUAAAAAGAUUUUUAAAUAGAUAUUUUUUUACAAAGAGGAGGACAAAAGAUUGCUAUUGUCCAUUACUUGAGUUUGAAAUAACUUCUCAAGAUUGCUCAUCAAUACUGGUUUGGGGAGCUGUCAUCUGUGGAAAUCAAGAAUUAGAAAUCUGAAGGAUGUUCAAAGGAACUUCCAUGCCUAGUGGAAAGGAAAGAGUGGUUGAUUCCUUGUAAGUGAGGUACUCAUCUGUCAUAGAACCUGUUAUGUUCCCCAUCAAGUGAAUGGCAACUCCCUUACGUACAACACACCAUUCAUGUCCGAUAAUUUUCCCUACGAAUUCUGAUUUCCUUUUCCUUUGGAGUGAAAUAAUAGCAGUUAGGUUGCUCUCAAACUUAGAAGGUCCAGAUUCAACAGUUCAUUUCAUAGAGAGCCACUCCAUCAUUCUAUGUGACAUGUCCUGCCUUUGAUUCCUAGGGUUUCUAUAUAGCUUGUGAGGAAGGACACGCUUAUUACUUCUUUGGGAUGGAGAAAAGAAACCUAUCAUUUGUGCAUAGUGCCAUCUAGUGGUGCACAACGCAAUCUAUCCUAGUGUCACAAAAAUUCACGUAAAGUUGUUUGACAAAGGGAAUUAAUAGCUAAACAGUCAGGAUCUUUAGGACACACGUGGGCAAAUUUUCACUUCAAAUCUAUAGUUUUCUUAUUGUCACACUUCUUUACUUAAAUCACCCAUAAAAAUUCCAUGUCAUUAUGAGGCUAGUACACCAACUCUUUCACACACAGUAUGUCUCAAGUUGGUUUGGGGUAAUAGGAAUGAUAGAAAUACAUAAAUCUCUGUAUAAAACAGUUUUUGAAGAGUUGUCAUGUUUAACAUUUACAUUUUUUAUUGAGAUUUGGAUGUUUUAAAUCUCUUACAUUUAGUUUUCUAAUAUUUAUUUUUGGAAAUGUAAGAAGAAUCCGCUUACAAAUAAGUUUUAUAUAUGCAAAUGACAGAACUGUGUCUAAGGAAGGGAGAUUUGUGAUUGGUAACCAGGACUGGAAGGAAGAUUCCUUUCUGCUGAAUGUGGGUGUCUAAAGGCAGAGGUCUCAUCCCAUUUUCAUUUUAUUCUCACCACAUUCAUUCAGAUUUCCUUAGAGUGAUCUGGGAGGAAUAGAAACUGGAUUCAGUACUGGUAACUGGACACAGGGUGAUGACAAACAUGUAACAGAGAACAGCCUUUUCACAAACUGUGUGGACACCAAUGUGGACACUCACCUCUGCUACAAGGAAAAAAUCCCCAUCCUCAGAUGACUUCAAAGGCAGGGCAAUAUUUUGGGUGAGGUGUCCAAUACUCAACUGUAAAACCAUUACCCAUUUUCAUACAUACUAUUAUUUUAGAGAUAUUACUCUCUUAACUUUCAAACAGUAGAGCCAUUCUUUAGGAAGAAGUCAUGGAGACUGAGUUUAGGACACUCUGGAAAUUAGGUACUCUGUAAUUUUUUUAAAGAUAUUUAUUUCUCAUGUAAGUUAGAUACCUUCAAAGUAAGCAUUCAGAUGGUGGAAUCAAGACAUUUUACUUCUGGAGAGAAGCAAACGAGGCUCUCGUCCUUUGUAUCCCCAUGUGUAUGACUGUCAGGAACACAGCGGAUAUGCUUUAGGUCCACUUCUGUCAUCCACGUAUGAGGAAGGGAGCCAGUAAGGUGAUCACUAACUUCCUAGAAUUCACAAGCCUUUGCCAGUAUAUGGUCUGCCCCCAUGGGGUCAAGCAAAUAAAAACUAUAUAAGGACCUGCAAGAGAGUGUAAAGAAUGUAGAAGAAGUUUACAUGUUGAAUUUUCAGUCUUGAAGUUGAAUGUGAGUUUUCUUUAGCUUUUGCUGAGCAGUUGCUCUGGACAAGUUAUCUGUUUCACAUAGAGACCUCAGUGCAAGUCCAAGGCCAAUGAGGGAAAGGAUGACCAUGGAAACAGCUGAAAUGAAACUGGGUUUUAUCCAUCUUCUUUGAGAAUAGAGGAGCUUUUGUGAAUCAGAAUGUUGUUGCUUAAAGCCAAUUAUUUGUAAAGAUGAUAGUGGUCAAUGAGCAUUAGAUUUUAUAGAUCCAAUAAGGAAAAUAUUUUUAUUAUUAUCUCAAGGUAAUAAGACAUUUUUUUUACCUUCCGAGUGCCUCAUAGGACCAACUAUUACACUUUGGGUUUUUUGUUUUUGUGUGUUUUUUUUUUACCCUUGUUGAACUAAUGUUGAAUGAAAUCCUUACAACUUUGACUCUGUGCAAUGAAGUGCUGUUUCUCUACCCUAAGAAAUAUAUUUGUAUAAUCUCUGGCUGUAAUGAUCACUUUCAAAGAUUUCCCUUGCAUUCUCUAAUGAUUUUUUUCAAUGGAAUAAGUCAUAAGGGGAAUAAAUAUAUUGCAACCAAUGUUAAUUUAAACCUGUGUCCAUACAGGUCAAGUUAGCCAAAUGGAGUCAUAAGUAUUUCCAGAAUUCAUGCCUAAAACCUGCUAUUUUGGAAAGGCAGGGGUGGGGGGAGGGGGGAAUGGCAACAUAUGUCACUGGGUAGGUUUUCCCUGUGAACUAAGACUAACAACUUUCUGAUCCUUCAGGCUUACUGGCCUUGUGCUUGCCCCCAUUUUCAGAAAUCCUACUUAAAAAAUCUGUCUUCAGGAGAGUUCAGGGCUCCCAGCUUUUCCGGUAGGCUUGUCCCCUCCUCCUAUUGAUUUGUGGUGGGAUACUAAUGAGCUCAUUCAACCAAAUGUAACAUAUGUUCCUCGACCGAUUUUAGAAUGGCUGAGGGAGGCAUCACCAAGACAAACCACCAGGAACUCCACAAAUGUGCUGGUACACAAACCCCAGCAACCGUAAAGAACUCACUGUUGGUAAGAGGCUGUUUCCCAGCCAGCUGUACACUUAGACUCUCGGGAUUGAAGAGAUCUUCCAGAAUCCAAAGCUGGGAAUCUCUGCAGAAUGUCGCAAGAGUUGUGGCCGGUACACCAGUUGUUCAGAAGACAACGAGGAAGCUGCCCUGAGACACAGUCAGCUGCCCACCAGCCAAAGUAUUUGGUACUGUAUACCAGCCUCUUAACAUGCCAUUUGAGAUUUGUGCCUCGGCAAUAUUGUAAAUUGCCGAAGGCCAUCACCCUUCAGGGCCCAUUAUAAAUAUUCUCAAAUUCUAUGUGUCAUCCUUCAGUUCCAAAGAUCUGUUGGAAUUGGGGCUAUCGGAGCCGCUGUUGAGCCUGAUGGCGCUGACCCAGGGUGCAGUAACCCUCAUUUCUGGAGUUCAGAAUGUGAAUCAUAGGCCGGUAUCUCUGAGCGGUAGCCUAGGAGUUGAUGAGCCAUUGACCUCCUCACCUCGGCACGAUGGUGAGGCAAUAUCCAAGAAUCGUGACGUGAGCUAUCUUCUCCAUGCUAAAACAAACCUGUUUUAGAACAGCUUAAAAGAGCAAGAAAUCUACAGCCAGUGGAAAAUGCCUUUGCCUUUUUAUACUCUUAAAGUCUCAUAUGUCACCUGUAAUCCUAGGGGCUUCAGUUCAAGUGCGUACCCCUCCAGGCCUUGGGAAAGAAAGAGGACAGCAAUCAGAACAAGCUGAGUGGUUUGCGUUCUCCCCCUCACUCUUCCCUCGAUCUGCUAUUGGUACCGAAUCCCUCGCCCUCCAGACAGAAUGCAUUCAGCCAAUUGCAGGGAAUAUCAUCACUGUGUGUGUGUUGGGUGUCAGUGUUGUACAUGUUCACCGAGUUUAACGUUGAGCUGUAGCAAGUUGGUGACCUUCCGCUUCGCUCUUUCUAAAGAAGACGGGCAGUGUUUGUCAGAGAGAAAUCCCCAGCAGUCUGUGUUGAAGAGCCUGUGUCAUCCACCUGCUGUUCCCUUUGGAACAGUUCAACUGCAGAAGUGUCGGAUUGAGAUUUUGUGCUUUGUCAUUUUUCUUUUGGAAACACGACAACACAACUUUGGCUUUUCAGAUACGGAACACUUCUUUUGUUGUUGUGGAGUUCCCUCUUGCUGUAUCUUCUAUGCAAUUCCUUUUCUAGAAAACCCCUGGUGGAGGAGUGCUCUCUGGGCAUCCCGUCCACCAUGCCGCUGUGUGGUGAAGGUGAGGGAUGCCAGCUCUGGGUGUGCCUCUUCUCUCUCCCUGCUGCCUCUCCCCGUUUUUCCUGCAGUCCCUUGGUUUGUAAAUUGCCUGCAUUUAUUCUGUCAGCCAACAUGUACAAAAUGUAAGAAAGAAUUUUUAAACAGGUAAUAAAUUAUAUUUAUAAGCAA